AUGUGGUUGGGCGGGGGUGCCGGAUGCCCAGCGGGGACCAGAAAUGCCACCCUCAGAUGUGAAUCUUUGGCUGCGGAGGCUCCGGAAGAUGAAGCCGAAAAGGAUGGUGCAGAGGAGGAGCCUCCUCAGGAAGAUGCACCCCUUGAGGAGGUGAUGGAUGAACCUGAUGAGGCCCCCGGCCUAAGCCAGAUACAUUGUGAGGUGGAGGAGGAUCAUGUGGACAGCACACUGCAACUUAUGUUGGAUUUAUCCGAAGAUCAAGAGCCAGGCGGCCCGUGUCGUGGGGCAAAAGGCCAUGUCUUCGAGCCGGACCCAAGCAUCGAGGUCGACGCGGUGGAAAGCCCACAAGAUCCAGCCAAGCCGGCCGAGCCCACCGAGCCAGAACUGCCCAAGCCUGACGCCAUCGAGGUCUUUGAGAAUCCACCGGAGUCACCUGCCGAUGGCCUCAGUGGGCCGGGGGCUUUCGUGCCCGACUCUUUGCUCGACGAGGUGGAGUUCGUUGGAGUGUGCGAGGCUGCUCCAUUGGCUCCAUCGGCCCCUCCCGCGGCCGUUGUGGCCGAGGCUGUGGGAUGUGCUUGGAUCAUUUUGGACGGCCCGGAUCGGCGGCAGAAGCGCCGGAACCGCCUCCAGCAGACGCCCCCGGAACGGCGGCGGUGGAGGCCCCCGCAAGUGGGUGCAAUUGGGGUGAGUGGUCCAGGCACCAUCCACCCCUGGACCAUGGAUUUCAUCGACCGCCAGGAAAUCUACCCAUUUGAUCCACCAAAAGCUGACGAAUUCAGGCCUUGGAAUAGCACGCCACACUGCGCUUGCGGCACUGCUGCUCCGAGAAGCCAUGGUCAUUCGGCGGAGCGACACAUCGUGCGUCGCAUCGUGCGCCGCAUCGUGCGCUUUACUGUGGUGGUGGCAGUGGAGAGGGACAGCUCAAUGGCUCCCCGCAAGGUGGACUAUGCUGUCCUCGCUUCCAGUGUCCGGGCCUUGAUCUAUAAGGAUGCUUCUGGCUUGGCCGAGUUGGCAAGGCAGCGGGGCUUGGAGGAAAAGGACCUGGAUCGCUUGAGGAUUUGUUCAGAUGCCUUGCGGCAUGAGGCGGAUCACUGA